AUGACGAGUAGAAUCGAUAAAGCAAAGUCUGCAUUCCUUAAAAAUGAUGCAGAGGAAUCUAAAUUAGUACAUGAUACUGAAGAUAGAAAAGAACCACAUAAAGAGUAUAUAGUGUUUGGUGGAUUAGAUGGUAUCAUUACAACUUUUGCUAUUGUAGCUGUGUACGAUGAUGUAUUAAUGUAUUAUUGUAUUAUUGUUAUUGAUAUGUAUUUAGCUGCUGCAGGUGCAGGAUUAACAAGAGGUGUAGUAUUAAUCUUGGGAUUUGCAAAUUUACUUGGCGAUGCUCUUGGUAUGGCAUUUGGUGACUAUGUUAGUGAAAAGGCUGAAGAAGAUCAAUUAAAGAAACAUACACUUGAAUUGGAAGAAAAAUUACAAAAUAAUCCAGAUCAAGAGAAACAAAAUUUAAUAGAAAUAUAUAUGAAGAAGGGAUACGAUGAACAACAGGCAUCUAGAAUUGCCGAGUUAUUAUUCCCAUACAAGACAACGGUCACUUCGAUUAUGAUGAUGGAGGAACACGGUGACACCUAUGAAGAAGGUGAUAGUGGUGCCAUGAAGAGUGCAUUGGUUACAUUUGGAUCGUUUAUGGUUUGUGGAGGUAUUCCACUUUUAGCCUUUUUAUGUGCUGGUGGAUUCUCAAAGACCGCCGGAUUCGAUCUUAUAUUCAUUAUUGCCAUUAUAUUGUUUUCCAUUGUACUAUUCGUACUUGGGUGUUUCAAAGGUUAUAUAUCCAACAAAAAUAUACCUGUUUCUGGACUACUCAUGUUGAUCAAUGGUGCUGUCACAACUCUCGCUGCUUUCUUUAUUGGUUAUGCUAUCGAAUUAAAGGUUGAAGGUCAUUAA